AUGUCCGCUGCUAUCGAGACCCCUUCCAAGGCUGCUGCCAAUGCUCUUGCCGAGUUCAACCUCAACACACCGAUGAAAGUAUCCGAGCCUUCCCUUCUUUCCAAACUCCAAGCCGUCUCUAAACCAGUAGAGAAGCCAGUAGUAGUAGAAGAGACUGUAGAGGAAUACAGAGCUCGAUUCGUUGGUGAUCUUGACUGCGAGGAGAAAGAUGAACCUCUUCUUCAAGAGACCAACGCUCGAUUUGUACUCUUCCCCAUCAAAUACCGAGAGAUCUGGCAAAUGUACAAACAAGCCCAAGCUUCUUUCUGGACCGCUGAAGAGAUCAACCUCGCCCCCGAUCUUCACGACUGGGAGAACAAGCUCAAUGACAACGAGCGAUACUUCAUCGAACGUGUCUUGGCUUUCUUCGCUGCUUCUGACGGUAUCGUCAACGAGAACCUCGUCGAGCGAUUUUCGGCCGAAGUACAAUGUGCCGAAGCUAAAUGUUUCUACGGUUUUCAAAUCAUGAUGGAAAACAUCCAUUCUGAAACUUAUUCACUCCUUAUCGACACAUACAUCAAAGACAAUGCUCAAAAGACGUUCCUUUUCGAUGCUAUCGACACUAUCCCUUGUAUUCAAAAGAAAGCCAAUUGGGCUUUGAAAUGGAUUACCGAUGACAAAUCAACUUUCGCCGAACGAUUAAUCGCUUUCGCAGCCGUCGAAGGUAUCUUCUUCUCUGGUUCAUUCGCAUCCAUCUUCUGGCUUAAGAAGAGAGGUCUCAUGCCAGGUCUUACUUUCUCAAAUGAACUUAUCUCAAGAGAUGAAGGUUUACACACCGAUUUCGCUUGUCUCUUAUUCACCCACUUGAGAAGACGACCUCAUCCCGACACUAUCAACAAGAUCAUCAGAGAGGCCGUUGCUAUUGAACAAGAGUUCUUGACUGACGCUUUACCAUGUUCAUUAAUCGGUAUGAACGCUAAAUUGAUGUGUCAAUACAUUGAAUUCGUUGCCGAUCGAUUAUUAGUCGCAUUAGGAAACGAGAAGAUCUGGAAAGUAUCAAAUCCAUUCGAUUUCAUGGAAAUGAUUUCAUUACAAGGAAAAGCAAACUUCUUCGAAUCAAGAGUAUCAGCAUAUGCCAAAUCAGGUGUCAACCAAUCGGUCGGUGCUACGACGGAUCACUCAGCUGUCAAAGCCGGUUUCACACUCGAUGCCGAUUUCUAA